CACUGGUUGGUGCUCCGGCUACCAAAAUCCGCAUGAACUUGUUCCGAAACUUCAACCACAGCAAUUCCUACCUCAACAACUUGAUCAUAAGUUGUUCGUCAUCCCAUGUCAGAUCAAUACCUCGAACAGCGGAAAGAGGAAAUCGAAGUACUUCAAUCAAUCUUUGAAGACUUGUCCUUCGAAUCCGAUGAGCAGGUGAUACUAAGGACCGAGCCUGAGGAGCCCUCACCCUCCAAUCCUCUCACCGUGAACCUGAAAAUCAAAUACACCGAGAAAUACCCGGAUGAAUUGCCGGAUAUCGAAAUCGAGCCCGUUGAAGGUGAACUCAGCGAACUAGAAGUAGAAUCCACGAUCGAAAAGCUCAAGGAAGCAGGUCGCGAAUCACUCGGAAUGGCUAUGAUCUUCACUCUUUCGCUUGCCCUGCAACAAGAACUCGCCCGAAUUCUGUCGGAUCGGGCUGCUGAGGUAGUGCGCUUGGAAAAGGAGGAGAUCAAACAAGCCGAGGAAGCAGAGGCUGCUCGUAAGAAAGGUACACCAAUCAACAAAGAAACAUUUUCAAUCUGGAGGGCCAAAUUUCAUGAACAGAACCAGCUCAAAAAGGCGAAAGAGGAGGAAGAAAGAUACAAGUCUCUGACACCGAAAGAGAGAGAAGAAAGGAAGAAAUCUGGAAAUAAGCUGACAGGACGACAACUCUUUGAAUCCAACCAAGCACUAAUUACACCGGACAACUCAUUGAUCGACGCGGAUGCCGAAGAAUUUGAUCUGUCCCAAUUUCCCAAAGAAGACGAACCAAGUACAGCAGAAACCGAAGGUUAAUUCGCACCUUUCUAUAUACACAUUCAAGUCAAUAUUUUGUGAACAAACUUGACCGGUAAGAUGACCUGAUGACUCAAAGUCAUGGCCCACACUAUAUAAAAAUGUCCGGUCUUGGGCAUAUUCAGUCAAUGAUAUGAUUUCGAAACCACAAUAUGUAUUGUCAGGAUCACUUAGGAUGAACAAAAUGUGAUUUUGAAUUUGUGAUUUAUUUGCAUGUCUGGAAAGGUGUCUUGCAAUGUGAUACUGAGGAAAAUUAAAUUAUCAAUGCAUCACUACUGACA